GGACUUUAUUUUAUUAGCACCCACAGUUUCUCUCCUCUUGCUUCUAAAAUUUCUCCUACGCUCUCUCUCCCCGUUUUUCCUCUCUCUCUCUCUCUCGAAUUUUCCUGUUAUGGCGAGAGGCUCGUCGCAGUCCCAAGCAUCGUCGUCCUCCACAUCCAGGCCCGGUAUCGUCGGCGGCGCCCCUCGCGGCUCGGCCGCCGCGACGGCCGGCAUGCGCCGCCGCCGUCUAGGCGGCUCCUCUGCUGCUUCCGGCGGAUUCUCCGGCGGUGGCGCCACCGGAAGCAACGUCCUGAGGUUCUACACCGACGACGCCCCGGGACUCAAGAUCAGCCCCACUGUUGUCCUAGUCAUGAGCCUCUGCUUCAUCGGCUUCGUCACCGCCCUCCACGUCUUCGGUAAGUUCUACCGCUAUCGAUCCGGUGCCGGAGCAUAG